AAAUGUCAAAGUCAGAUAUUUCAGUCAAAGUGUCAAUCAAAUCACAAAGUUUACUUUGUUAUUUUGAUAAAAAAUGGUAUAAAAUUAGGUUUUAAAUAGUAGUUUCAAUAAAUUAUUUUAAAUUCUUAAUACCUAAUUCCGCGCGCAGAUAAAGGAAAUGCUGAUUAAAUUCUGUCCCAUUUAAUUUACUUAGUUAACAUACCUAAUUGAGUGAUUAUAAGCCUACAGUAAUAUUAUUAUAAAUAUGAUUAACUUAUUAACACUGUACUUGUAAAGCUAUGCUGAAAUUAACUAAUAGUUUUUGCAGAUACUUGUGGCUUACAUGUGAAUGUUUACCCAGUAGAGUACUUGUGAAAAUCCCCUUACAAUCAAGUAGAGGAAAGUGCAGCUUUAGUCAAGUGCUACAAAGUUUGCCACUGUCAGGUCAGUUACCUCAACCAAAUCAGCAGCUGAGACAGACUUCCACUUACAAAAAGAUACCUCGUUGGAGAAAGAAGGCAAAUGCAACCAAAAAAGGCAAGCAAAUGAGUGAAUCACUACAACCAACAGUAAGCAAUGUCAGCCAUGGGGGUCAGUUUGAAAUUUCUGCCGCAGAUAACAACCAGCCAUCUACGAACCAAUGGAAAAAGGCACCCAGUGAAGAUGGAAGUAAAGGUUCUAGCAGUAAGAUGAUCCCGGAAAACUUCAGAACAUGGGAGAAAGUCUCUAAUUACUGCCAUAAUAUAACAGGGCCGUCUUUCAGGUUCAAAGUUGUUUCCUACAAUGUGCUGGCACAAGUUCUGCUAGAGAUACAUCCGUAUCUGUACUCAGAAUGUUAUUCAAACGACUUGAAGUGGAAAGUUAGGGCCGAUAGAAUAUAUAAUGAAAUUGUUAGUUUGGCACCAGAUAUUAUUUGCUUUCAAGAAGUGCAGGCAUCUCACCUAAACUCAUUUUAUGAGAGGUUUGAACAAAUUGGAUACUCUGGUGUGUUCAAGAGGAAAACCGGCUCCAAAUAUGAUGGUUGUGCAAUUUACUUUAAAAAGGCGAUUUUCCAACUAAUGGAUCAAUGUGGUGUGGAAUUCCUGCAACCUCAGCUACCGAUUCUCAACCGCGACAACGUCGGGUUGAUGGUGAAACUCGUCGCCAAUUCCGCGCCAGAAUCGCCGUUCAUCGUGGCCACAACCCACCUGCUCUACAACCCGAAGCGAACUGACGUCAGACUAGCGCAACUGCAGAUGUUACUGGCUGAGAUUGACAGAUUCGCUUACUUCAAUAAUGGACGGACAUGCGGCCAUUUACCGAUAAUAUUGACUGGAGAUUUUAACUCUACACCGGACAGCGCAGUAGUCAGACUAUUGGACAUAGGACAAGUAAAUGCCGCCCCAUUCCGUGACAUAUCUGACUGGAGGAACGUCGGCAUCACAGACUACUGCCAGCACCUGUCCGUCUAUCUGAGUCGGUUGCGGGGUGAGCCCAUACCGAAUUAUAGCGCUAUGAAGAUUCGCAACAGUGACUACUGCUCCGAGGAGCCGACCCUAGACGACUGGAUGGACAUCCACCAGUACAGUGAGCUGUUCAAUUCGACCCUAGUUGGGUACUGUUUGCAGCUACAGUCAGCCUACGACAGGGUCAAGUCGGACGGGCGGCGCGAAGCUACCACGUUUCAAGACUAUUGGGUCACUGUGGAUUAUAUCUAUUUUAGCCGCAACACGAAUCUACAUUUAAUAGAGCGCCUGAGACUUCCAACUGCCGAGGAAUGUGAAUCGCUGGGGCUCCACUUACCCAACGCAGUGUAUGGGUCAGACCACCUGUCUCUGGGCGCCCAUUUCGAAAUCAAACCCAUCAAAUGCUCACUUUGAUACAAACUACGUAGCAUUAUUUGUGAUUCAAGAAAGAACAGUUCAAAAUUGGUAUUAUUAACUAUAGUGUGACCAUUAGCCCCAGUUUCACUAUACUCUGCUAGAUCAUAACAAGGGAUUAGUUCGUUGACUUAUGACACUUCUGUCAAGAACUUAACAUGGAGAUGACGUAUAAUUGAUGACAUUACAAUGUAAACGGGGUGUUAAUGAUCUAACAGACUAUGGUGAAACUAGACUGUGUUGUGUACUCCUAGAGGUAUGUGCGGCGCGGUGGGGGGAGGGGCAGCCACGGGCGUGACAGAGACAGAGAUAGAGACUUGACAUAGAAGUGACAGAGACAAAGAUAGAGAUGUGACAGAGCGCAACAGUCGAUUCUCGACGCGCGCAUACUUCAGAAUGUACACCAGCAGUUAUGGUCACAUUAUAAAAGAUGACUAGUAUUCUAUGACAUUCUGUAAAGACAACAUAACGUGUAAAUUGAGGCUAUAUAAAUGUAUAGUGUACAUUGUAUUCUUACCCGAUUUUAUACCGCUAGUGGAUCUUGAUGGCAUAAGCCUUGUAAAAUACUUGGGCCACCUAUGUACUUACAGUUCAAAAAUACAAGCAAUAAUUUACAAUUACUAAUGUUAGAAUUUCAUAUCACUAUUACUAAGCUUCAGGUGCAAUAGCAUUUUACAGGGGUUAUACUCCCUGUACGAAUUGUUUCAAAAAGGUUGAACAAAGGAGGAAGACAUAAACAACAGGAAUGUGUAAUUUUAUUAUCAUGAUUAGGUAGGUAUUCACCAAACAUUUAAGAUCGCCAAGAAAUAUGAUUGUAACUAGUCUUAACAGCAUGUUGUAUAUUUUCUUAUUUUUUCUAUGAUUCUUUAUUAAAAAUGGGUCGGUCCUCAAUGUUUUAAUGAUUAUUGAAUUGUAUAAUUUUGUAAGAGUUUGGUUUUUAUCUUUUUAGUUGUUACUUAUUAAAAUAUUCGUGCUAGCAAUAAACGUUGGUAAAUUUAUAAGGCAGAAAAUAUAGCAAUAACUUUUGUAGGCAAUAAUUGAGUUUUAAGUGUUUUGUGCGUAGUACGGGAAACUCUAGAUUGACGAAAUACUUACGAAUUUUUGAAGAGCUAUUGUAUUUCAUCCAUUAAAAGUAGCCCAUUUGAACUAGAGAUGAGUUCCUGUACCCUGUGGUAUAUUCUCGCAAUUAUUAUUGCGCGGUAUUUGAUUUCUGUUAUUAAACAUUACUGUUACUAACAUUACCCACGAAGUUUUGGCCAUAUGAAAGAAUGCCUAAUACUCAAACUAUGGAAAAAAAGGUUUUAAUUCUUAUGAUAAGCUUUACGUAGUUACUUUCGGUAGAAUAUAGAAUUGAUUUUGGAAACAGAAAUAAAGGAGGAAAAUAUUUUAUCUUAU